UCUCCACUCCUGGCUUGACUAAAGUUAGGCAGGCAGCAAUGCUAGGGCAAAUUGGCUUACUUGCUACGUACCAGUUACCGAACUACCCUCCUACUCCUAGCUGGCUAAAUCCGUUUGUUGCAACUGUUUCCAGAAUGAAGAGGAGGAGAGCGACCUCCGGCCCGGACGGCCACCCCCCCCCCCCCCCUUCUUCUGACGGGGGCAGGACCAAACGCCCAGCCAGGGUUGCCAGUCUCCAGCGCGAUCCCCCGCUCCACACAUCCAGUGGGGAGGACUGGGGGAACCUGCCCCACCACGUGGUCCUGCAGGUGUUCCAGUGUUCCCUGGUGGAACAGGCCCGCGCCUCGUCCGUGUGCCGCCACUGGAACCAGGUCUUCCACAUCCCGGACCUGUGGUGCAGGUUCGAGUUCGAGCUCAACCAGCCCGCCACAUCCUGCCUGAGGUCCACCCACCCGGACCUCAUCCAGCAGAUCAUCAAGAAGCACGCCCAGCACCUGCAGUACGUCAGCUUCAAGGUGGACAGUACAGAGUCUGCAGAGGCUGCCUGUAACAUCCUGUCUCAGCUGGUGAACUGCUCCAUCAAGACCCUGGAGCUCAUCUCCAUCUCCCAGCCCAGCUUCAUGAGCGUGUCUCCAGGUGAGUGUCUCUACGCCCAGUCUCACUUCGUCUCAGCGCUGACGGUGGUGUUUGUGAACUCCAAGUCAAUGUCCUCCAUAAAGAUGAACGACACCCCGGUGGACGACCCCUCCCUUAGGGUGCUGGUGGCCAAUAACAGCCACACGCUGAAGCUGCUGAAGAUGAGCAGCUGCCCCCACGUCUCCCCGCAGGGUGUCCUGUGUGUGGCGGAUCAGUGCCACGGCCUGAGGGAGCUGCUGCUGAACUACCACCUGCUGAGUGACGACCUACUGCUGGCGCUGUCGCCAGAGAAGCGUCUGGAGCACCUGCGUGUGGACGUGGUGAGUGAGGCGGGCCCCGUGCUUCCCCACGCUGCGGAGCUUCCCCACGCUGCGGAGCUUCCCCACGCUGUGAGCUUCAGCUGGGAGGUGCUGGAGCGCCACUCGCCCUCCGUCAUGCACUUCUACCUCCGCGACGACCAGUUCGGGCCCUUCUUCCAGGACCGGACGCCCAUCACGCACGUGUACUUGGGCCAGACGGUGAGCAGGGCGGCGCUGGGGCGCGUGGGGCUGCACUGCCCCCGCCUGGUGGAGCUGCUGGUGAGCGAGCCCCUGGACGAGGAGCUGAUCCGCAUCGGGGAGCGCUGCCACAGGCUGGCCCGCGGGCUGGCAGCCGGGGGCCAGGGCGAGUGUGAGGUCACCUGCUCCGGCUUCCUGCGCUUCGUCCAGAUGUGCGGCGGCCGCCUGGCCCAGCUGAGCAUCAUGGAGGAGGUGCUGAUCCCCGACACGCAGUGCGGCCUGGAGCAGCUUCACGCUGAGGUGUCCAAGCACCUGGGCCGGCUGUGGUACCCCGAUAUGAUGCCCACCUGGUAACCCCCGCUCACACCCGGUAACCCCCAAACCCACCUGGU